AAAAAACUCGCAUACUCCUUCCACCACGUAUCAUAUGUAACGAUCUCUUUGGUCGUCGACGCGAGUUUACCGUCUGAAAUGAAAACACGCUCCCUUCAUACAGCGAGUUGAAUUCUCUUACAUACUCGCACGAUUAUUCAAGCUACCGCCAGAUCUUUUUUAAACAUUUCACUUCUUUUUUAUGUCGCGGCCUUCUUGCAGAUGAUUUUAAAGCGCCGUCCCUCGAUUUUCUGCUUUUAUACCUCGCCUGUACCUCGGUUUAUACAACUUUCUACGGAAAAGAUUUGAGGUUGGGUGUUGAAGACUUCUUGGAGCUUCCUAAUUAGUCUUUAUGCAUAUACCUAUUCGGCUGGAAUUAGGUUCGCUUGUAUUUUUGUAUAAAUAAAUACCCCCUUGUGUGAUAGGAAUUUUAAGUGUUUCAGCCCAGACAAUAGGUGUCUGUGCCUCCUCCGUCCGUACUGUAAUGGCCUUCGUCUCUUUCAUUGGUAGAGUUCUCUUCACCUCAGUGUUCAUCCUCUCUGCUUGGCAAGAAUUCAAUGAGUUUGGUACUGAUGGCGGGCCAGCAGCAAAAUCUUUUGCACCAAAAUUGAAAGUUUUCUCAAGGCACGUAUCGUCUCAUGCCGGGUUUCAAGUGCCACCUGUUGAAAUGAAGCAUGCCGUUGCUGCUGCUAUUGCCAUGAAGGGUGUUGGAAGCCUUCUUUUCAUCUUUGGAAGUUCUCAUGGUGCUUAUCUUCUGCUUCUGCACCAAGCAGUUGUUGCUCCAAUAUUGUGUGACUUUUACAACUAUGAUGCCGACAAAAAGGAAUUUAAUCAGCUUUUCAUGAAGUUCACACAGAAUUUGGCGCUCUUUGGAGCAUUAAUUUUCUUCAUUGGCAUGAAGAACUCAGUUUGAAGGAGACAACUCGAGAAAAAGCCUCUAAAAUCAAAGACGGUGUAAAAGAAGGAACUAUUGAAGAUGUGAAGAUUUAGCUUAAUGUUGAUUUUGCCGAAGAUUAGUUUGUAUGGUUGUGUCAGAUUUUUCCCUUUUAGAGAUUAGGGAACCAUUAAUAAGGAUAAAAAGAAGAGAUGUUUUAAUUGUCUUGAGAUUGUGCUAAUGUUAUGUACUCUGCCUUUUAGGCUCUAAUUUGGAAUGUUGUCUGUUGGCACUUGCUGUGUGGUAGAUGUGAAAUUUUCUCUUU